GGCACUCCAUCAACUGAAGGAACUAGGCCAACUGAGGGAACACCAGGAACUGGAACUCCCCCAACUGAGGGAACAACAAAAAGUAGCACAAUUGGAGUCUGUGAGGAGCCAAUGGGACUUGAAUACGACACAAUUAUCAAGGACUCCCAGAUCACUGCUUCAUCAGAGUUCGAUUACAGAUAUUCUGCACCAAGAGGACGUAUUAAUACUGAACCGGAGGAUGAUUUGGCUGGAGCAUGGGUACCAAGAUUCAACGAACCAGGCCAAUGGAUUCAAGUUGAUUUUGAGGAGCCUACUCUUAUAUCAGGAGUUGUGACCCAGGGUAGAGAAGACCAACCCCAAUGGGUACAAUCAUUCAUUGUACUGAUUAGUGAAGAUGGCGUCAAUUUUACUCCAUACACUGAUAACCCAGGAGAACCGCCUAAGAUAUUCCCAGGAAACACAGACCAAAAUACACUGGUUAAGAACCCAUUUAAUCGCAAUAUUAUCGCCCAGGUUAUCCGUAUUCAACCCGUAACAUGGGAAGACACCAUUGCCAUUAGGUUCAAUGUACUUGGUUGUGCGGAGAAAACAACACCCUUACCUGGAACAACCGGAACUGGAACUCCAGGAACUGAGACCCCAGGUACUGGAAAACCAACCACUGGACAACCACCAAGUGGCACUCCAUCAACUGAAGGAACUAGGCCAACUGAGGGAACACCAGGAACUGGAACUCCUCCAACUGAGGGAACAACAGAAAGUAGCACAAGUAAAAAAUGCCUGAUAUACUCAUAAGAACACAUGUAUCUAACGAUAUAAUUUAUUUAAAAGUAAUGAUGAUGCACUGUGACUUUUCAAGAGAUUUCAUAAAAUAUGAAGUAUUUUUACAUAUGAAUGAUAGUAGACACUGGUUUCUUGUUUUACAAUAGUAAAUGAGGCUUUUCAGACGGUUGUCC